AAAUAAAACCAAGGAGUCCACUGUGUUUGAAAACCACAAAUGACGUAACCCAUAAAACCCGCCAACAGAUUUGAACCCAACACAUCAUUUCCUCUCUGCCUAUAUAAAUACUCAAAACUCUCAAUCUCAAACAUUCAUCACCACCACUACCAAAUUUUCAUUCACAAAAAGAAAAAGGAAACAGUGUUUAUUUUUAUUUUUCAUUUUUUUGUCAUCAACAAUUUUCAACCGUCCGAUCAAAGAGCUGAAUGGCUGACAUGGCAGCAAAGGAACGGAAGAUCCUCGUGGCCGUCGAUGAAGGCGAGGAGAGCAUGCACGCGCUCUCGUGGUGUCUCAAAAACGUGAUUUCUAAAAAUUCCAAAGAUACCCUUGCCCUCCUCUACGUUAAGCCCCCUCGUGCAGUUUACACUGCCAUUGACGGCACAGGAGGGUAUUUGUUUUCUUCUGAUAUAUUGGCGACAAUGGAUAAGUACAGUAAUGACGUGGCUGAGUGCGUGGUUGAUAAAGCUAAAAAGAUGUGCAAAGAUCUUCAUGAUGUCAAGGUGGAGACAAGAAUAGAUCAUGGUGAUCCAAGGGAUGUAAUUUGCGAGAUGACACAGAAUUUGGGUGCUGAUAUGUUGGUCAUGGGGAGCCAUGGUUAUGGCCCAAUCAAAAGAGCUUUCCUUGGGAGUGUGAGCAAUCAUUGUGUACAGAACGUCCAGUGCCCAGUCUUGAUUGUGAAGAAGCCAAAAUCUACCGCAACAAACAAUUAAUUUUUUGUUUUUUUGGGUGGGGGUUUGUCUCUCUAGCUCUUCUUGUAGCUGUUAUAUAAAGUUUCUUGUAUGCUCUUAUAAAUAAGUGUUUUUCUUUUUUUUCUUUUUUCUUUUUCUUGGUGAUUCUGUCAUUGUAUUUUUAUUAAUCUUGUAAGUAAUGCUUUUUCGGGAAUUUGUUUAAUAUUAUUAUCAUUGAGUGGAGAAUUUCCGAAGUGGGAGCGAAAGCUUGGGAGGAAUAAGGAAGCAUGGUAUCUUGGGGGAACAAGCAAUGAUUAUUGUGUAAUUAACACAUAGGGAAUAAGCUAUCUCAAUAUAAUAACAAAACUUAUAUUUUAAGAAUAGAGAGUAGGAGAUAGAGA